AUACCGGCCGCCAUUUUGACAUCAAUCGGCGCGUGAUGCUCCGAAGAUUUUGAUGGUUUCGUGCGAAUUAACAACAACUAUUGAAAUAAUCUCGUAUUGGAGGAGACGUGAAUCAUGGCGGAGUAUUUAGCGUCUAUCUUCGGUACCGAGAAGGAUAAGGUAAACUGCUCCUUCUACUUCAAAAUUGGCGCAUGCCGCCACGGCGACCGGUGCUCGCGUAUCCACAACAAGCCUACAUUCAGUCAGACAUGUCUGCUUCAGAACUUGUACGUGAACCCCCAAAAUUCUGCCAAAAGUGCAGAUGGCUCUCAUUUGGUCGCAAACGUAUCUGAUGAAGAAAUGCAAGAGCAUUACGAUAACUUCUUCGAGGAUGUGUUUGUCGAAUGUGAGGAUAAAUAUGGCGAGAUCGAGGAGAUGAACGUGUGCGAUAAUCUCGGUGAUCACUUGGUGGGCAAUGUGUACAUCAAGUUUCGUAGAGAGGAAGAUGCAGAGAGAGCUGUGAAUGAUCUAAACAACCGCUGGUUUGGCGGUAGACCGGUGUACGCUGAACUCUCGCCAGUAACGGAUUUCAGGGAAGCCUGCUGUCGUCAAUAUGAAAUGGGAGAAUGCACGCGUUCCGGAUUCUGUAACUUUAUGCACCUGAAACCCAUCUCGCGCGAACUGCGACGCUACUUGUACAGCCGCAAAAAGAGCGGCAGGGGACGAUCUAGAUCGCGUUCGCGCUCACGUGGUCGAGAUCGCAAACGCCGAUCGCGAUCGCGUGACAGACGAUCGAGAUCCAAAGAUCGUCGGAAAAGAGAUGACAAAGGUAGGGACGGCCGAUCUGGAAGAUAUUGAUUAUAGAAAAUUACGUUCGUACGAAUAUUCAUUCCAAGCGAUCUGGCAUCAUUUAACGGACGGACUUGACGUGCCCUUCUGCGUGCACUUCAGACGAAAAAAUGUCUUGUGUAUAUUUAUACGUGUAAUCGAUAGAGAGUCAUCAUUUAGUACUCUUUUCAUGUUAUGUCAAGAGUUUUGUUAAUAAUUUAGCGAUUCCGAAAUAAAUAAUCUAAACAUGUCUCUCGCGCAAUGAAAAAUAACAGACACAAAUAAAAUGUAAGCAUAGAAAUAUAUAUAUUUUUUAUUUCGUGUUA